AUGGCACACAGUUCUCACAACGGGGUUUCCCCGGUACACCACCAUCCAGAAUAUUAUCUGAAAGAUGGCAAUAUCACUUUUAUCGUCGAAGAUACACUCUUCCGCGUUCACAGGCACUUUUUCGAAUGCGAAUCACAAUUUUUCGUAAAGGAAUUUGCAAAGGCUCCCAGGGAGGGAACCUCUGAUUCCACCGCGUUUCGACUCGAUAAAGUAACCAUCGCCGACUUCGCGAAUUUCUUAUGGGUCUGGUAUAGUCCCUCGUACAGGCGCGGAAGCAAGCCAAAAGAUCAUUGGCUUACCAUACUGGAACUCUCAACCGUCUGGCAGUUCCCAGAAAUGAAGAAGCUAGCCAUCGAUGAGCUCCAGAAAUUCGACAUAGAACCCGUCGAAAAAAUCACUACGUACGACAGAUACCAAAUCGAUAAAUCCCUUCUCUUGCCUGCAUAUAAGCUCCUGUGCAAGCGGGUGGGCCGAAUGUCCAUCGAGGAGGGUGAGCAACUCAAAUUGCACACUGUCCUCGGGAUACAAGAAGCUCGCGAGCGUGCGAUCAGGAGCGCAGCGGAGGGUGGGUGCCGUAGCCCGACCUCCGCUGAUGCAGACGAUGAGGAGUUGGAGAGGAUCUUGAUUGAUGUAUUUAGUCUCAAAGGACCCACCGCUAACCGACAGGGCGCGCAGCCGCCGGUAAAAUCAGACCCGGUGCCAAUCGUCAAGACUCCGACCCGACUCCAAAUGUGA